AUGAAGGUCGCUAUUCUUGGUGCCAGCGGCACUACAGGCCGAUCAAUCGUGAAUGGCCUACUGUCCUUGACAGAAAUCAAGUUUUUCAGUCUGCCAAAGUUGCCCUCUGUGCGUAUCGAUUAUGCUCACAGUGGCUUGGAUAUACGCAUUCCUGGAGACGGCAACGUGCCAUCAACAUUUACUGACAAUCGCGACAUUGGAAAAUUCGUCGCUCGCAUUAUCGCUGACCCUCUGACUUUGAAUCAGCAGGUCUUCGUGUAUUCUGAGAUGACCACUGUGACAAAGAUCUAUGGUCUUCUAGAGAAGAUUAGCAACGAGAGAAUUUCGCGCCGUUAUAUAAGCACCGUACCUUUUUGCCCGUCCUCUUCCACUAAGAAUCCUGCCAAUACAUCUGUGUCAAGAUCUCCGGAGACGAACUUCUUGAGAGCAUCAACAAGUUUGGGGAUUCUCGCGACCUGAGCAACGACAAAUUUCCCCAGAAGGUUGUUCAUCGGUGUUGGUACUCGUGGGAAAUUCGCAGCGAGAACACUGAUGAUCAUGCCAAGUACUUGGGCUAUGUCGAUGGGAAUAAUCUCUAUCUAAACAUAAAGACGAGAUCCUUCGAAGACUACAUUAGGGAAAUCCUGUCCGAGCAAAGCGUUUGAAACAGCAACGGCAGACGUCUUGCGGGAGUAUCACUAAGUAGUGUGGAG